ACAAAUGCACUGGGAACAAGGAAUUUGUUCCAUUUAUUUACAAAUAACUUCCAGGGCAAGGGAGACAACUAAAAACUUAGGAUUUAUAUGACAGUAAAAAAAAAUGCACCCACACAGAUAAUUAAAGAAAUUAAACCAGAAAAGGAAAUACCAUUUUUCAUUUGAGAAAUAUGUAAUACACACUGUCUUGAAGUUCUAAACUACAUUGCCAACAAACAUGAGCAACCACAUGUCUUGAACAAACAAGUAAAUCUGACUAAUCUGUCUUCACAUGCAGAGACAAAAUGAUAAAAGUCUUUUCCAAUAAAACUCUAGUGAUAUGGAUGAAAGUUCAGCUUCAGGAACCAUUUACAGAAGAUCGUGUUUCUGAAGGAAAUAGUUGCAAAGUUGGGACAUGCAGAUGGGGCGAGAUCAAUCAGGAUGGGCCUUGUGAUAAACACACCAUCAAUGUCACACAAGGAAGGAAGUCAGGUGAGUCUUGGGCUCCAGGACAAUAAGGAAGGAGCCACACGUAGGCCCUUAAGAAACUGAGUGAUGCAUGGGACAUGCAACAGCCUGAAAUGCAACAAACAAAGAAACACAUGCCCCCAGCAAGUGCUGUACACAGCAGUGACUCACUGAGUGAGGGCUCAGAGAGACCCCUGGACAGGUAUAUAAGGCUCCCAGGCAGGAGGAGCCACAUCUACACACCUCCCUCUCCACCUGCUCCUCUCACCUCUCCACCUCCAUCACCAGAACCAUGACCUGCUGUGGCUGUUCCGGAGGCUGUGGCUCCAGCUGUGGGGGCUGUGGCUCCAGCUGUGGGGGCUGUGGCUCCAGCUGUGGGGGCUGUGGCUCCAGCUGCUGCUGUGUGCCCGUGUGCUGCUGCAAGCCUGUAUGCUGCUGUGUGCCAGCUUGUUCCUGCUCCAGCUGUGGCAAAGGGGGCUGUGGGUCCUGUGGGUGUUCCAAGGGGGGCUGUGGCUCUUGUGGCUGCUCCAAGGGGGGCUGUGGCUCCUGUGGCUGCUCCAAGGGUGGCUGUGGCUCCUGUGGGUGCUCCAAGGGUGGCUGUGGCUCCUGUGGGUGCUCCAAGGGGGCUUGUGGCUCCUGUGGGGGCUGUAAGAGCAGCUGCUGCCAGUCUAGUUGCUGCAAGCCCUGCUGUUGCCAGUCCAGCUGCUGCAAGCCCUGCUGCUGCCAGUCCAGCUGCUGCCAGCCCUGCUGCUGCCAGUCCAGUUGCUGCAAGCCCUGCUGCUGCCAGUCCAGCUGCUGCAAGCCCUGCUGCUGCCAGUCCAGCUGCUGCCAGCCCUGCUGCUGCAAGCCCUGCUGCUGCCAGUCCAGCUGCAGUGGCCCUGUGUGCUGCCAGUGUAAGAUCUGAGCUUCUAAGCUUAGAUGAGCCAGCCACAAUUCAAGGCUAACCCUCUCUGUUGGAUGAACCCAGCUGUGCCUCCCACUUCCUAAGUAGAGCCCGUGCACUCACGCACUGUCUCCUCUCAGGAUCUCCUCCCAAGUCACCGUCUGGCUCAACUGGCCAUGCUUUCCCACUCAGCAGCCUAAGCACUAAACACAUUCUAUCCUGUCUUUUGGUCUAGGAAAAUUCUUCGUUUGGAGUCUCAUUUAGAAAGAUGUGGGGUAAAGAUUUGCUGGAACUGUCUGUGAGCUAUACACUAUUUUCUCUUAAAUUGAAUGUUGCAAUCCAAUAAAACCACACAGCCACAAACCAAA